CAACUAAGUCUCAAGUAAAGCUUUUGGCCUUUGAGAAAUCCAUUAGUGAUUAAGAGUAACAAAACAACCCUUUUCCCUCCCUUGGAAAAUCCAAGCAAACCCCUCUUAAUUACUCUCCCAAAACACAAACAAAUCCAUUGAAUGCCAUGGUUUCAGAUUUAGAGCUUGCAGAAAAGGUGCACGAAUUCUUGCGUGUGUCUAAUCUAAAGAAAACAACUAACAACAUUGUAAUCAAAGCAUUAGAGUCACAUUUUGGGGUUGAUUUAUCGCAUAAAAAACCCUUCCUUAGAAACCAAGUUGAUCGAUUUCUUCAAAAUCAGUACAAUUACUCUGAAGAAUAUGAACUAGAUUUUGCAAUUGAUAGAGAUCAACAUGUGAACGACGACGUUUCAGACUCUGGAGAUGAUGGUGGUGAUUUUUCUGCUGAUGUUCAAGCUGAUAAUGGGAGUAACAGCUUCAAAAAUAUUGCUAAAUUUCAAAGAAAGAAUAAACUGAAAAAUAAAAGAGGGUGUGAGUCUGUUAAACUUUGUACAUUGUCACCUCAACUUCAGAAGUUCCUUGGAGUGGCUCACAUGUCACAAACAGAGGUUCUCAAACACUUGUGGACCUAUGUGAGAGCCAAAAAUCUGCAAGAUCCUAUGGAUGAAAAGACCAUCAUUUGUGAUGAAACAUUACGCGAGCUUUUUUCCGUUGAUUCCAUCAACAACCUCCAGAUUAAUAAGGCUUUAACAAAGCAUAUUUUGCGAUCAGAGAAGUCAACGAAGAGAGAAAGGUCACGGAAGAAAGAAAGAGAAGCUCCAUUCGAAGUGGACCCAGAUGGAACAUGUCGAAAGAAAGUGUACUCGGGUUUUCUUGCUCCUCUUCCGCUCUCUGAAAACCUUAUUAAGUUCCUGGGUACCGGAGAAAGUGCAUUAACACGUCCUGAUGUUAUAAGGAGAGUAUGGGAAUAUAUAAAAGACAACAAUCUCCAGGAUCCAUUUGACAAAAAGACGGUAAUAUGUGAUGAGAAGCUGAAGGAGCUGUUUAAUGUUGAUACCUUCCAUGGAUUUACGGUGUCGAAGCUCCUUACCGAACAUUUUGUGAAAAUGUGAGCAUCCACAUUUGCAGGAAGUUUCAAAUUGUCACUGAUGGAAAAACUCUCAGGUCAGUGAGAUUGUAUUAUAGCUGCUUAAAGACACAAAAUGCUACCAUUAGAAAAAAGUGAGUGUAAAAUUAACAAGGAAUUUGUGGUUUGUGGUGUUGGGCGUGAUCAAUGUUCUUUUUAUGAAGGACCUUUAAUAAUAUCCAUUUUUAAUCUGUUAUUCUUC